AUGACUGAGUUAUCGUCUAGGAAUCAUGAUGGUCAUCUAGUCUUGUACUGCUGGUCUAGGAAUCAUGGUGGUCAUCUAGUCUUGUACUGCUGGUCUAGGAAUCAUGGUGGUCAUCUAGUCUUGUACUGCUGGUCUAGGAAUCAUGGUGGUCAUCUAGUCUUGUACUGCUGGUCUAGGAAUCAUGGUGGUCAUCUAGUCUUGUACUGCUGGUCUAGGAAUCAUGGUGGUCAUCUAGUCUUGUACUGCUGGUCUAGGAAUCAUGGUGGUCAUCUAGUCUUGUACUGCUGGUCUAGGAAUCAUGGUGGUCAUCUAGUCUUGUACUGCUGGUCUAGGAAUCAUGGUGGUCAUCUAGUCUUGUACUGCUGGUCUAGGAAUCAUGGUGGUCAUCUAGUCUUGUACUGCUGGUCUAGGAAUCAUGGUGGUCAUCUAGUCUUGUACUGCUGUACUGCUGUGUCUAGGAAUCAUGGUGGUCAUCUAGUCUUGUACUGCUGGUCUAGGAAUCAUGGUGGUCAUCUAGUCUUGUACUGCUGGUCUAGGAAUCAUGGUGGUCAUCUAGUCUUGUACUGCUGGUCUAGGAAUCAUGGUGGUCAUCUAGUCUUGUACUGCUGGUCUAGGAAUCAUGGUGGUCAUCUAGUCUUGUACUGCUGGUCUAGGAAUCAUGGUGGUCAUCUAGUCUUGUACUGCUGGUCUAGGAAUCAUGGUGGUCAUCUAGUCUUGUACUGCUGGUCUAGGAAUCAUGGUGGUCAUCUAGUCUUGUACUGCUGGUCUAGGAAUCAUGGUGGUCAUCUAGUCUUGUACUGCUGGUCUAGGAAUCAUGGUGGUCAUCUAGUCUUGUACUGCUGGUCUAGGAAUCAUGGUGGUCAUCUAGUCUUGUACUGCUGGUCUAGGAAUCAUGGUGGUCAUCUAGUCUUGUACUGCUGGUCUAGGAAUCAUGAUGGUCAUCUAGUCUUGUACUGCUGGUCUAGGAAUCAUGAUGGUCAUCUAGUCUUGUACUGCUGGUCUAGGAAUCAUGAUGGUCAUCUAGUCUUGUACUGCUGGUCUAGGAAUCAUGAUGGUCAUCUAGUCUUGUACUGCUGGUCUAGGAAUCAUGGUGGUCAUCUAGUCUUGUACUGCUGGUCUCGUUAUGACACGUCUUCAUAAUCAGAAUGUCUAUCAGUUUUCAUUCAUGUCAAGAAGCAUCUGUUAGUAAAACAUCAUUUUUUUAAAUACAUAGAUUAAAUCUUUGUCCCAAAUGUCACCCUAUUCCCUAUUAGUUCACUACCGUUGACCAGGCCCAUAGGGCUUUUGUGAAAAGUAGUGCACUACAUAGGGAAUAGGGCUCUGGUCUAUAGUAGUACCACUAUAUAGGGAAUAGGGCUCUGGUCUAUAGUAGUACCACUAUAUAGGGAAUAGGGCUCUGGUCUAUAGUAGUACCACUAUAUAGGGAAUAGGGCUCUGGUCUAUAGUAGUACCACUAUAUAGGGAAUAGGGCUCUGAUCUAAAGUUGUGCACUAGAUAGGGAAUAGGAAGACACAUCCAUAUACUGGGUCACAUUAUUUAGGUUAGCUGCUGUUCACUCUCAGUGCCUCCCUCUACCACUCAUUAAAAUCCAAUAACUCUACACCCAUCUAACAUAGAACGUUCCUACUAACCACCUCUACUCCCAUCUACCAUAGAACGUUCCUACUGGCCAACUAACCACCUCUACUCUCAUCUACCAUAGAACGUUCCUACUAACCACCUCUACUCCCAUCUACCAUAGAACGUUCCUACUGGCCAACUAACCACCUCUACUCCCAUCUACCAUAGAACGUUCCUACUGGCCAACUAACCACCUCUACUCUCAUCUACCAUAGAACGUUCCUACUAACCACCUCUACUCC